UAUGAUAGUACUUCCGGUAGUAUGGAAUGACGAAUGACAAGUGCAGUCAGAUUUUCUGCAGCUGAUGAGGACGAUAAUAACAUAAACCAUGGAAUUUCAAGACCAGUUUUACAAUAACGGAGAGUAUAUUGAAACGGCAUCUGGGAACAAGGUCAGCCGACAAUCAGUGCUUUGUGGAAGUCAAAACAUUGUUAUAAAUGGAAAGACAAUUAUAAUGACAGACUGUGUAAUUCGUGGUGACUUGGCUAAUGUAAGAAUUGGGCGACAUUGUGUUGUCAGUAGAAGAGCUGUUAUCCGACCUCCAUUUAAGAAAUUUAGUAAAGGUGUUGCCUUUUUCCCACUUCAUAUAGGAGACCAUGUAUUCAUUGAUGAGGAUUCUAUAGUAAAUGCUGCACAAGUGGGAUCAUAUGUACACAUAGGCAAAAAUUGUGUUAUAGGUAGAAGAUGUGUAUUAAAAGAUUGCUGUGCCAUUGCUGAUAACACAGUGUUACCCCCAGAGACUGUGGUACCUCCCUUCACUGUCUUCUCAGGGUCACCAGGCCAAUUCACAGGAGAGCUACCAGAGUGUACACAGGACCUCAUGCUGGAUGUAACAAUUAACUAUUACCAGCAUUUCAAAUCCAUGGGAGGAACGAAAGAAAAAAAGAAAUGAUUGAUUGACAGUCAGAAAUGUGAAGAUACUGUAUUAUGUUUAUUUUUUACUGCCGUGUGAUACGGUAUGUUGAAGAACAGAGAGAUUAUACAGAAAACAACACUGGAGAUACAGGCCAUUAUCGUCUACACUGUUAAUGUUCUCCUGUAGAUAUCACAUCAUUAGGCAGUAUAUAAGAUAAAUUAUGUUGUUUGAAUUUGACUACCUUCUGUAGAUGAUACAGAUGCUGCUUUUAAAUGGAAUUAAACAUGUUAUUGAUAUCUCAGUCAAAAAGGAAUUGUUACAUCAGUAAUGAGUUUUGGAAAGACAAUGUACAUUUUACCCUGUAGAUAAUAUUUACAACAUACUACAAUAGUUAGUUGUCUAUGAUCAAUGGGAUCUGGGGAGAUCAAAAAGAUUUCCAAUCCAAUUACAUUAUUGUAUAACUAAAAUAAGCAUUUCACAACCUACCUAUUAUUAGUUGAAGAUGUCCUUGAACCUACAUGCAUCUCGCAUAAAUAAGAUCGACCAUGAUGGUCAUUAUAUGCAACUCUUUGUUCAUAGCAUUAUGUUCCUUAGUUUAGUGUUGUCAUUAUAUUUGGUGUUCUCCAGCAUGCCAUAGAUCUAGUAAAAGAAAAAAAUACACUGUAAAACUUAUUGAGUAAGAUUUACCUCCCCUUGAACAGAAUUUAAGCAAUAAAUUUUGAGAAUCAUAUCCCAUUCAAAUCCAACUUUAUCUUAGCUUGGUGGAGGAGCUGUCAUUGAAAUAAUCUUGGUAUAAUAUGGUGUCUUUAAAAACUUUUUGUUUUCUCUGUAAUGUAUUAACAUUGGUGUAUUAUAGUGGUAACUUGUAAGUGUAUAGGGACUUCGAAAUUGCAUGCCAGUAUGUUGUAAAGCUGUUAUAAAUGAAAAUGCAGUUUUAAAUCACUGAUGGAUAUUCACAUUAAGAGAGGUUGUUACUGACAAUGUGAGGUAUCAAUUGUGACCUUAUUUCCUAUUGAUUUGUACGAGUGCAAUAUCAUAGACUUUUCCAUAACAAAGAAAAGAUCUUGUCAUAUUUAUGUAUUCAGAGGUCCAGACAUCAACUGUCAGUGUGAUGUGUAAUACUGAUGUGACCGUCUUAUUUUACCUGGUGCAAGGUUGGAUUUCAUGAGAAAGCAAUGGUUUGCUGUUUUAUGUCAGACAACUCAGAAUUCAUACUGAAUUUAGGGCUGGAAAGAUACUAGAAAUACCCUAACUUCAUUUUGUUUGUACAUCCCAGCUGAUCAUAUGUCACUAUCGCAUAGCUUAUAUGUAAUAAAUUAUUCGUCAUACAA